AUGAGCAGCUUGGCGUUGGCCGACGAGAAGGAGAAUCACCACGGGGAAAGCGUCUCGAUGCCCGGACCCCCUCCUGCGGGUGGCCCGCCAGCCCCUCCCCCGCCCCCACCUCCUCCACCCCCACCCCCAGGGCCGGGCAGCGGAGGCGCCCAGGGGGUGGUGCGCAAGCGGCGACGCGUACGCAGCUUCUUCUGGAAGACCAUCCCGGAGGAGAAGGUGCGGGGCAAGCCCAACAUCUGGACGAUGGCCGUGCGACAGCAGCAGUACCAGAUCGACGUGCGCACUGUGGAGGAGCUCUUCGGUCAGCAGGAGGAGACGCGGCAGGGGGGCGCCUCCACCCGCUCUGGCUCCUCCCUCAAAGAAUCCAAGGAGGAGAUCAGCAUCCUGGACUCCAAGAGAGGGAUGAACGUGGGCAUUUUCCUCAAGCAGUUCAAGAAGUGCAGAGCAGUGUAUUCUGGGAAUCGGCUGCGAGGAGGCUACGCUGGAAACGCCGUGGGCUUCAAGCUGUCCUCACUGCUUUCGCUAGCGGACACCAAGGCCAACAAGCCAGGGAUGAACCUGCUACAUUUCGUGGCUCUGGAAGCCCAGAAGAAGGAUGAAGGCCUAUUGAAGUUCCCCGAGAACCUGCAGCACGUGCAGAGCGCAGUCAGAAUAUCCGUGGAGAACAUCGAGACAGAGCUGCAGUCCCUGUACUUUAGGAUAAGGUCGGUUGAGGAGAAGAUCCAGAGGGAUGAAGAGCUGCUUCAGCAGCUAGAGGACUUCCUGCAGAACUCCACACGGACCCUGCAAGAGCUGACAAGGCGCAGGCUGGAUUUGCGCAAGGAGGGAAACACACUCAUUGAUUUCUUCUGUGAAGACAAAGACACGUUCAAGCUGGAUGACUGCUUCAGGAUAUUCCAAGACUUCUGUCUGAAAUUUAAAAAGGCAGUCAAGGAUAACCAUGACCGCAAGCUAAAGGAGGUGGCGCGGCAGCAGCGGCUGCGUGAGCUGGAGGAGAAGCGCUUCCUGUUGUCCAGCUGGGAACGUGGUGGUGGCUUUGGCCGUAGCAGUAGUGAGAAUGACGUGGACACGCUGAGCAAGGAGGGGCUCCUGGACUUCUUGCAGCCACGCUCGCAGAGCCCCCGCAGUCCGCUUGGCCGCUCCUCUAGCGUCCGCCGUUACCGCCACACCAUGGCUGCCGCCGCCGACCGUGAACUGCACAGUUACCUCGAGCUGUUCUCCGCCGGUGAUGUGCCGCAUUUUAACAGCCUACCACGCCCCAGCCGCCCGCACCAAAGGAGGACCGUCGCCUGGCUUGCUGAACAGGAUAGAACCUGCAAAUCGGGCUCGACUGGCCAACCCUCCCUUGGGACGCAGGUGACCUCCCCACGAUCAGACAGGGACCCUCUCAACUCCUUGGCCGGGUUCUCCACUGGCUUUGACAUCGAUGAGGAUAGGUUUCUCGACAACAAAACUGCCCUCUCUGAAGGUGAGGUGGUGCCCAGAAUUGAUCACAACAAAAAUCACCUCUGCAGGUCGUCUAGUGUAGGUACCGGACAGCUCAAUGUCAACAUAGAGAAACGCACCUUAGUUCCUGGACCACCACCUUUGGUUCUUGGAAGUCCUAACAACAAUAAUAUGCACUUAGCAGAUCAGGGAGAUCUUGUAAUCACUGAUCUGGAGAGGGAACUGGGUCCUCCAAAAAGCCUUGUCCUGGACACUCCUCCUUCCAGUAAGGAUUCUGAGACUGAGCCAGAUUCGAGAACAGAAUGGGACUGUAAGAUGGACUCUCCUCAGUUUACUUUAUCCCCUUUGCGUGACGAGGAAGACAGUAGCAUGAUUUCCUCAACAACGUGUGAUAUGCCUCUGCCUUUGGAUUUAUCACUAUCGGGCAAAAAGCCUGUUUUUUACAUUUUGGACUGUACAGACACCGACUGUUCUAUGAUACUGGACUACUCAGAAACGGAUAGCUCGUCCGUCACGCGGGAUGGCGUCAGCUUCGACUCCAAAAUGCUGAACAGUGACAGUCAAGCCAACUUGAAGGAGCAGAGUUCCCAUUCGUCCAACAUUGAGUCCACGUCGAGCAAUGACCAAUCGGUGCUUAUGUCGCCCAAUGAGCCGGAGGCAUCGGAGUCCAAUGAUAACGUGCCUAAGAGUGAAAUAGAGGGUGCAGAAAUGGACAGCUGCAGAAACGUAGAGGGCAUAGAACUGGAUAAUCAGACAACGCCAACCAAUGGAUCCAAACCCAUGCAGGUGAAAACUAAGCCUGCCUCCAAAACCCUUGCUGCACACAACACACGAGAGGUUCCGGAAGCUCAUACAUCGAAUACCCCUGAUCAUCAGACUUUGCACAAAGUGGUCCCCAUCACCAAGACCAACCGUGUGAGCAGCACAGCUAGGAAGGUAGAGAAGCUCCCAGCUGUGGAAGGAGCCGACAUCAGGAGGCAGCACCGGGACCACAGCAUGCCUGCCAGGAGGACCGAAAAGCUCAACCGUACCCCACGAAACUCCAGCAUGCCCCCAGAGGACCCCAAGGGUCACAGGGGGAUCCCCCGCUGGGCCCGGGACUCCCCCAUGUACAAGGCCUCCAUCAGGAAGCCAAGUGCCAAACCUGUGAGGAACAUUCCCAAGCCCCCACCGGAAGAGAAGAUGUGCCGGUCCACCAUGAGGGCGCUAGCCCAGGCACAAGCAGCCUCUGAGGGCAACGUCCCAAACACACCCACCCAUGGGGGGCAAAAGACGCCAGGGUCCCUGCCCAGCUUUGCCCGCAACACAGUGGCUUCCUCCUCAAGGAGGGCCAUGAAGGACCUUGGCCCGGACUCUAACCCCUCAACCCCUUCGAAAAGUGCCACCCUAACAAAGACUGGCUCCCAGAAGCAGGCCUCCACCAAGGCUGUCCAAACGAGCACUCAGCACUCCCCUCGGGAAGAGUCAAAGCCCCAGGGUACGCUGCGGCGGGUUCAGAGCGCAAAGGGCAGCAGCCGCAGCGGCCGGGUUGGCGACAGACCGACGCCUCUCAAGAGCAGCAGUUUCUCUGAGAAGUCCAGAGACUCCAUCUCCAGCAAAUCCCUCAAACCUUCAUGGAAAUAAGACACAGGACUUGAAAUCGGACCACAGUGUUUAAGAGAAACUCUAAAAAAAGAGAUUUAAAUCAAUAAAAAAACUGGUUCCCCAGCUUUGUCCAGACUAACCAUGACCCUAUAGAAGCUGGAUGAAUGGUAUUUUUGUCAAAAAUUUCCACCGCAUGUCAUUUUGAGUAGCUGCUGAAUCACAGCCUUUACGAAGGGUUUAAAAAUCUCAAAAUGUGCUGUCCAUAUUUUCGAACGAUGUCGAGAUAGCAAUGCAUUUCGUAGCUUCAGGUUAGAAUUUGUGACUGUUCACUUAUGGAUAUGCCUACCAACGAUUUAGGUAUUUUAAUAAAUACCCUUAUUUGUGUUUUUUUCCGUUUCGGCAGUAGAGGAUAUGAAUAGUACGUUUUUCGUCUUCGUGGACAGCCUCUGCCUGCUUUGUUGUCCCGUAUGUAAUAGUUCAAGACAUGUAAGAACUACCAAACAUGUUCAAAUGCUGCUGAACAGCUCUGGCGAUCCCAGUGAGCGUUGGCCUUCGCUCGGGGGUACAAGCUGUCGAAAUGUGAUGCUGCUCUGUGUCCGUCUUCCCUCGCUGCGCCAAGCCGUCGAUUGCGCGCGGACUUGCCCGGCCGGUAGUCACUGGGGCCUUGCGGCUCGUCUAAAAGCUUCACCCUGUGAAACGUGGGAUGCCUCUUGUGUCGUGGUAUAUUAGCAUUUUUUAUGUGUCUCCCCCGUAGUACCCUCACUGUUGGUAGCCCUAACACCUAAGAACGCAUCCAUUUGAUAUGGGUAAGGUAACGCACAGCAUAGAAUAUAUUGUGGUUGAAUUUGUGCUAUGAAUCGAUUAUGAACGGAAUGGUUGUAAUUGUUUUGGAUUGAAAUAACACGUUUAUGAGUGUUAUUAUUUCCAAAUAAAAAUCACAUUAUUUCCUUG